ACAUAUGGGAUCAGGUCGCGUAUGAUCUCCGGGCAUUCGUCCCUGCUAUUCAUUGUAGGGUUUUUGGCAUUUAUCCAAAAAGCCUCAAGAAGUUUUCGCGCUGGUGUUUGGACUCCUGUGCAAGGAUAUUGACUUUGAGGAUGUGGUUGUGAGGAGCGGAUUAUCCGCGCUACCGAUCGGGAGUAAGGUUGUCGACGUCUUCCCGUUGGAUCCAACACCCGAGAGCACCCUGGCCGUCGAUCCCGCCUACAAAAUGGGACGCACAGAAAGUGCCUGUCGGCUGAAACUGCUACGUGCCGAUGUGCCAUCUGAACAACUACCGGGCGGUUGCUCUGCCACCGAUCUGCUUCCGGCAGUGAAUGUCAAGGAGAAGAUCGAAGUAAACGAUGAGUCACGAUUGGUUCAGAAGAGGAAGACCAUUUACCCAGAAUGGGAGAAAUGCUGGGAUACGGCGGUGACUGAGGGACGGAUAUUGCAGAUCGUACUCAUGCACAGUCAGACGCCAGUCGUCGAGGCUACAAUGCAAUUGGAGGUGAGCUGCUGA